AUGGAUGCAAACUUAGAUUUCAAAACUGCUGAGUUUAAACUUCGUCAGAUGGAACUUAGAUCCAAAAAGAACAAUACUGAAUUAAAUGAAGAAACUAAGGCAGUCAUUUCGAAAAUACGAGACUUACAACCAUUACCCACAAUCUUAACUUUCGAAUUCAAUAAUGUAUAUGCUGGUGGAUUAAAACUGAAACAAGAAAUUGGACCAGAGUUAGUUAAGAGAUUUGAAACACUUGGAUGUGAAUACCAUCAAUUAGAUCGUGGUGGACAAGUUACUUGGCAUGGACAAGGACAGCUUGUAGCCUAUUCUCUUGUGGAUUUGAAGGCGUUUGAGAAAUUAAGUGCGAAAUGUUUCGUUAGUAGAGUUUUACUCGAUAGUAUUACUAAAUUACUUGACAAGAACUUUGGUAUACAAAGCAGUGUUACUGAGAAUCCUGGAGUUUGGGUAACUCCAAAUGAUAAGAUAGCCAGUGUGGGGAUUAGAGUGAAGAGAGGUGUCACUGAGUAUGGAAUCUCCUUGAAUGUAGAUCCGAACUUGAAGUUUUUGAACACAUUUGAGAUGUGUGGGUUGAAGCAAAAGAGGGCUACCUCUAUCAGAGAACAAAAACCAGAAUCUGAAGUUGCUGUUAAAGACGUUGCGCAUAUGUUUGUAAGAGAAGUAGCAGAAGUCUUAAGCAUGGAUAGAAUUGAAUAUGUCUCUGGUGACAAGUUAUAG